GACUAUCAUCCGCGUCAAUUCUCUUCCUCUUGCCCAGCACCUCGUCUCCCCGAUGAAGUAGGUGUAAUUGCCGCCUGUCCCUCAGCAAUCGAUUAGAAUCGUUGUGCGAUUGGAAUUGCCAGCAGAAUCAACAUUGGAUUUACGGAAUUCCUGGCGAUGCAUCAGGAAGUCAGCAAACAAAAUUGUAAUAACAAACUAAUUCUAGCAAGUAUGCAGAUUUGCAGCAAGGACGUUCAUUUUUCAGAAAAUUCCAAAGGAGCUAUUUAUAUUCAAUUUUGGGAGAUGGGACGAGGCACCCUCUCCAAGAUUCCUCCUAUGUACGGCCAAACCUGCAACAGCUUGGAGAAUCAUUCUUCAGAUUAUGGGUUACAAGAUUUACACUUACGAAAUUCAUUCAAGUUAUGCGGCAAGGAUUGAGAAUUACUGAAGCUAUGACACAAUCAGCAAAGAUAUUAUUCAGAGAUGGACCUAUCCAUUGGUGCCUGAUGUCCCUUUCUUUGGAAAUUCUGCUUCUAAACUUGAAAGGCGUGGAAUGUAUCCCGCAUCAGAUUUUCUCUUCCUAUAAUUUGGUCUGUGCAGAGAUUAAGAGUCCAAAAAAGGUACACCUUCAAACUCAGUUCCCCAAGAUGAUUCGAUUGAUAAGUCAAAAAAAAUAAAAAGCCCAUGAGGAGCUUAAAUCCAGUCUUUCCAUCAGCAAACGGGAUGUUAUCUGCAGCCACUCCCCAACUGUCACCCUUCACAUGUGUUCCUCCAGUUGGUCCUUUCCAUCCCAGAGUUCCCCUUUUACCCAUUUCUGGCUCCCAAUAUUUCAAGCAGACGAACUGAACAGCCUCCAUCAGGAUACUCUCAGGCUAUACCCCCUGUUCCAUUAAACUCGUUCAGUACUCCAAUGUCAAAUGGAGAUUCUGGGAGACCAAGGAGGUCCAGUGGAAUUGUUGCAGAAGAUGAUGAGUAUAGUGACCAAAGUGAUCAGUAUGGCUAUGGCAUUCAUGAUAACAGCGUUGAACACUCCAGCACUAAGAAGAGAAAGGGAUGACCGUGGAAAAAGACAGAUGCAUGGCCAUCAAGGGAAACCUCCGGUUGAGGUGGAUUACGAAUCAAUUUUACAAAGUUUUCUUGAAUUGUUUAAACUCACCGAGGUAGAAUCAUCCAAAAAAACCGACGGUGACAAGGACCUUGUUGGGCGCAUAUUGUUGGCUUAUGAUUUGUUACGAAGAAAAAUGUCCCAAAUUCAAGAGAUGAGUGAUCCAUUUCCAGAAUGCUGAUGACAAAAGGGAUUUGGACGAAUCAGACAAAGAGGGUCGGUAAUGUGCUUGGGAUUGAAGUUGAUGACCCCAUUUCUGUAAGCAUAGUAUCAUCUGGAGGGUAUGAUGAUGAAGGGGAUGAUGGGGAGGUGCUAAUUUACUCCGGCCAAGGUGGAGUGCAAAGAAGGUGGUAUGGACAGAUGUUUGGUCAGAAA